ACAGUCCGACCGACCUGACCGUUCAGCCAUUCACCGUUCAUUCAGCAGUUGUCAGCAGUCUCACUCAACCAUCCAACACUAUUCACCAAGAUGAUGAAGUGAAGUUUCCUCGUUGAAAUGAAAAUGAAGACGUUCAGGCUGUGUGUGCACACACAACGCACGUACAAAAAUCAAGACAUUGUGAUAUCCUCGAAAGAUUUUCCUGAUAUAAAAGCUGGAGAUGUUGUGGAGCUCUACCAUCCAGAUGAUGAGUGGAAUCGACUUCUUCUUCAAGUGAAAUGCCUUCCUGAGGAGUAUCAGCAAAAAGAUGCUGUCAGCAUAGAGCAGGGUAUAGCCAGUGCCUUUUGCUUACGGCCUUACAACAAUAUCAUCAUCAACAAAGUCGACCCAAAGACUGUUGUUCUUGAUCUUGUGGAGUUGCUGUUCAAGGAGCAGUACUUCGGCCGCAGUGACAUGUGGAGACUUUGUAAAACCCUGACAAAUACUUGUGUUUACCUGAAGAAGACAAUAGAAUUCGCCGAAAUGAGGACCACAGUGAAUGAACUGUGGGCUCGCGGUGAAAACGUGACAUGUGGUGUCAUAACAGAGGACACAAGAAUUGUGUUCCGGUCUCCCACAGCAGUUGUGCAGAUUUUCAUUCAGAUGAGCUCAGAGAUGUGGGAUUUUGAUCUGCAUGGAGAUCUGUAUUUUGAGAAGGCUGUCAAUGGUUUCCUUACUGAUCUGUUUGACAAAUGGAAGGAUCAGAACUGUGUGCACGAUGUGACGAUUGUGUUGUUUUCUCGGACAUUUUAUGAAGCUCAGUCUGUUGAGGAUUUUCCGCCUUCAGUGAGGGAAUGUCUCCAGAUUGACACAAAGGGCAGGAUUUAUGAGGAUUUUUACAGAGUCAUAGUUCAGAAUGAGAGAUAUGAGGAGUGGUCCUCUGUGCUGCGGGAGCUGCGUACAUUGUUCAACGUGUACCAGGAGACGGUAUUGCACUAUCACUCCCACGGCCAGCAGGGCUGGAGGAUGCCCAAAGCCACCAACUCUUUGGCCUCGCAGGGGAACUUUCUGGAAACUCUCAAUAUGUCUUUGAAUUUGUUUGAAAAAUAUUACCUGGAUCGGAACUUUGACCGCACUGGCAAGGUGUCUGUCGUGAUCACCCCUGGUCCGGGCGUUUUCGAGGUGGACAGACAGUUGGCCAACAUCACCAAACAGAGGACCAUUGACUGCGGUGUCGGGAGUGACCUGGUCUGUAUGGGAGAGCAGCCGCUGCAUGCCGCACCAUUGUUCAAGUUCCAUAGCAAAAGUUCUCACAAGUCCAUAGAAGUUGGCGACGACUACAACAUACCACACUGGAUGAAUCACAGUUUCUACAUGUCCAAGAACCAAAUCGAGGAUCACAUGAACUCAUCAUUUGUGCCACGCAUCAAACCUCCACCAGCGCUGUUGAAAGAGCUGGAAGAAGGGCCCAAACAUGUGAAGAAAAACCUCCUUCCAAGAAAAGAUGAUUCAAAUGACGACAACAUCCCAUUUGUUGAUUAUGACGAAUACGAUGCCCAAGUGUUCAAGCUACCAUCUGGGACAGCACCACGUACUUACUCUGCUCGUGGGACAACCCUCAACAACAUCUUCAACCGAGGGCCAGCGCUGCCGAAGACGUUUUCCGAGGCGAGGCAGAGGCUGAGGCCGAGACAGCGGCACAUCUCGGACGAAGUCUCCGCCUACAUGAACGACCACAAGGAGCCUGGGAAGGACACGUCUGCUGCCAUUAGCAUCCCUGGCCACAGGGCAUCACACGACGACAUGUCGUUUUCCUUUGGGUGUUACCCGAUACAUGAGCGAGCAAUGAGCCGAGACUCGUACGAGUCGUCUGAGAGUGACGAGCUCAUCAACCUUCGACCUGUAGUGGGCAGCGCUGGCUCCCCUGUCGGACACUCCCGCAACUUGCACAACUACCGGCCUCACCGGGCCCUUAUCAACCCUUUUGCUCCGUCCAGACUUCAGUUCAAAAUGACCAGCAACAGGAGGCGAUGGGUGCAUGCUUUUCCUGUUGACCAGCGUGGCAUGCAGAUGCAGGCUCGGCACGUCCACUCUGUCUCACAUCUGGACCAUGACGAUGACUUCCCUUUCUCCAACAGAGAAGCUGUGCAGAGCCCCACUGUGACUGUGACCACGAAGAGCAAGAAGCCGUUUGUCAGUCAGGUAUCCAGCAGCUUUGGGGAUGGUGCAGAGCUUCACAGCCAGAGUGGUGACAGCAUCAUCUCAGAGUCCCCCGUGUCUCGGUUUGAAGGAGCUUUGGCCAAACGUCACGGCUCGGAGGCCGUUGUGCCUAGUGCUGCAAGACACAGUCACAGCAAUCGUAUGUUUCAUGGGAACAAACUCAAGAUCUUCGGCAGCGUCAAGUCUGGCUCUGAGCAGGAGUGGUCUCCCGAUAUGAACACAGGCUACGACUGGCGACCUUUAGCCUCUGACCUACAGGAUCACAGUGGGUCAAGGCUAACUAAAUCUAUUUAUAGAGGAGAUAUCCAAUCCAACUUGUUCAGCGCAGGGAUAACUGUGGACUGGAAGUCGCUGACCAUCCCUGCUUCCCUGCCAGUGACCACCGACUACUUCCCGGACCGCCGCAGCCUCCACUAUGACUAUGUGGUGUCGGAGUACGAGCUGCUGCCAGAGGACGUCAACGCUGAGAUCUGGGCGUCUUGGUCCAGGUCACCAAGCUAUGAAGACAAGACCCUGUUGGUGUACCGCCGGGCCCCUCUCAACACACAUGAAGUGUUUUUGGAGCUCAUCUCCCAGAGAUUGGGUCAGGGUUUUCAACUGAUCACAAAGAAGAAGCCUCGUACGUCUGAGUCAGGCAAAACCAACUUGCAGCCUCACAGUUCAGCCUCGGGCUUCAUGAGACCCAGUAUCCGGGCUGUCGAUGAGGAAUACUACAUGAGCAUCGGCCGCAUCUACCACAAGGUGACGCUGAGUGGACAGACUGUGAGGGUCACCAGGUAUUGGCCAAGGCACCCACAGCCCCAGCUGCACUACGAGUACAGGUACCGCUUCAAGGCGCCCGACUCCUUCAGCUACGACGUGUCCUGGACAAACUUCUGCAACGAGCGUCUGGAGAACUACAACUGGAACCACCUGGACCAGUACAUCUGUACCGGUGGGGACUGGGAGUAUGGCCUCAUUGACCCUCUACGCUACUGGAGGAGCAGGUUCCUCCUGAUGCCUCUGUCCAACCCGGCCACAAAGAAGAUCACUGACAGAGAGACUACCAGGUGCGACAUCUAUGAGGAGAAGUCGGCCACAGAGCUGCAGCAGCUCAUCUCAGGCUUCAUCAGGUUCCUGGAGAGCAUGAACAAGAUGAAGCGGCCGAGCCCGCAGCAGAGGAAGUCGAAGGCCGAUGCUGCAGCAAGCGCCAGUGCAAACAACGCUGGCUCAGGCUCCGGUGGGGACUCCAGCCCGCGCAAACCAGAUGGGGAGUCAGGGUCCAAGGAGAAGGAAGAGCGGCUCAGCUUGGCCUCAAGCUCUGCCAGGCUUGUUGAGGCCUUGACCGACCCAAUCCACGGUUUGAACUUGUUCCAACAACAAGCUGGGCUGCCCCUCAACACUUUCAUCUCUGCUGAGGCGGUCGCAUGGUGCUCGCAGAAUGUGGCCGGGGCAGAGAGCACUAUGCAGGCUGUGACCGUCAUGCAGCGACUUAUGGACGAGCAAUAUGUACUGCACGCCUCGGGCAACCUUAAACACAGGUUUAUCUACGGUUUCUACCUGUACUACAUUCCUCAGAGGGUUCUCCAGAAGGGAGGCCAGUCUGCAGAGCCCAGCUCCCACCCAACCACUCAUCUGAACACCCCGGGUACGAACCACAACAGCCUGUUUCAGAAUGAGUGGUGUGAAGUUUCUGUGCUACCCGUGAAGCACAUGAAGGAAGAGAGGACAGAUGUGGCAUGCGAGCCUGUGAUAAUCGAAGAGAGCCCACCACGCACCAAGUUCUACGUACCCCAGGAGGGCCCGCGGAAAAGUUCCGACUCAAUGCUGGUGCCAGAACUGGAAGACUGGCGGGAGCUCACGGGACAGAGCAAGCAGUGCUGGGGACAGCAGACAGACCCAGGUUUUCAGCAGGCAAGUUUAAUUGGCGGGAUGCCAAUAAAUCACUAUUACAAAGCCACGCUUCUCCACAAAUAUGUCAAUGUGGAGGUGGACCCCCAGAGAAAGAGCGAGCGUAAGGAGAUUGCCAUGGCUCGCUACCACGCCUACUACAGCCCUAAGUGUGCCUUUGAGCUACAGAUACAGUGGAUGGUCUCCACAGGAUGUGUUCUGGGUGACCUGGUGUAUGCCUUUGCCCGGAGAGCCUCCUCCUGUGGUUUCCACCUGAUGCCCGUGCCCUGUGACCCAUUUGCCCUCCCCUACACCGAGAACUCCGACCCUCUGAGAGGCCCCAUCUUUGUGCCUCUCAACAUGACGGCUUUUGAGGAGGAUUUAUUUGAGGACUGCAGUGAUGAGAAGAGACAGGAGAUGCUCUACAUUAUUCAGGAUGCCAUUAUUAAAAGGUUUGGCUUCCUGCCCGUCAGCGUGAAGGUUCCGGACUCGCAUGGGAGCUCGUCCAUGCAGGAGGAGAACUGCAACCACCAGUACGUGCACUGUACGGCCGGCAUGUUUGUGCUCAUCCCCGAGAGCAACCCUGCCCUGCCCCCCACCCCCAGCGGCAGCGGCUCCCUCCUGCUGGGUCCUCUCAGUGUGGGCUCAUGCAGCCCGCAGCGGGUCAGUGAGACUGGAGGCAUGUCCAAAAAGUCCUCCACCGACCUUCACAAGUGGUAUAUUGCCCGUCAGGGUCGGCCAGAGUCUGUGCCCAAUGAGGUGGGCUUCCUGUGGUCCUGGAACUACAUGUCCUCACGCCGCUGGCGAACCAGCAACACGGGCGACGAGAAGUUCCAGGACACCAUGCUGGCAGACUUCCGCAAGUUCUGCUCCAAUGACGAAAACAGACUUACUUCCUUCUGGGAGAACUUUAAAUCCUCAAUUGACAUGUGAUAUUUCCUGCAUUCAAACCAGGACUUCAUGUUUUUGUGAAUUUUGAUGAAAUUUAUGUUUAUGUCGAUGUAUGAAAAUGAGACAGUACAGCCCAAACUAUGAAUUAUUUUGUAUUUUUAAACACCUUAUUAUAUAUAUAUAAAACAUGGCAUAAAAGACGUGUUAAUUUUUAUUUUGUUGCAGCUUUUCUGCUGCCUGCAAAUUGCAUUACAAUAUAUCAUAAGACUUGAAGUUGAAGCAGCUGAUCUUUUGUUGGAUGUCUUCCAAGUUUGUGUGAUUUUGUCACCAUAGUUCGUCAUGCCAAGGUCUUUCAACUAAGUGUUCACAUGGAGAGUGUUCGGGUACUCUUUUUUGUGAUAAUUCUUUCUUAAAAAGUAUUAUUGCCUUUUGACAUAAUCGGUGAGCGCUGCUCGGCGCUUACUAGAUUUUGUUUUGUUUGAAAAAGACGUGAAAUGUAUGUUUUUCAAUACCAUGUUAUAUAAACGCUGUACUCCAGUUCCUCUUUUACAUGUAUGUUCCUUUGUUCAGUUUUUUUGCUUAUUCUCUACUCUCGUGUUGUCAUGAGACACUGUAGGAUUUUCAGUCUGAUGCUGCUUUUUCUCCACCUGAGAUAUUGCUUCCUCAUGUUAAAUAAUUCAAAAGCUCCUUUGGUGUUCUAGUCUUUUUCAUGAAUUUAUUAGAAUUUUCGAUCAACCAAAGGACUAGCCUACUUCAGUAUCUCUAUGACACUGUUUGUUGUAAAUGAAGUAGGUGAAAUGUCAUGGGGAAAAAAAUGUUAUGUUCUAUGAAGAAACUAAAAUCAUUAGCUACAGUGUCUUUUAUUGAAUGUAGAUGAUCUGUUAUAGUAAUGACAUGGGGAGGGAUAUUUUAUAGGUUUUUCGCUUGAAAAGUUGGUUCAGGUCAUGGAGUUACUAAAAUUAAAAAAUUGUUUGUCCAGGGGUGUUGGUAGAGACUGCCCAAUCUUAACCGUUAAACACCGUAGGGUCAAUAUUUUUUUCUGUUUUAAAGUUUGGAUGAAUGAAUGCCUCUUUUUCUCAGAGUUCAUUGCUGUUUAUGAAAAUACAUCGGCAUCUAGCAUUUAUAAUUUGUGGCGUAAUAUUUAGGCUCUUGAUCGUCACACACAUCGUUUUAUGCAAGAAAAAUUCUGAAAUUAUGCAAACUGAGCCAAAAAAUGUGAAAUUAUGCAUUUCU